GGGGGAGUGGUUGGGCGAUAUAUACUUCAGUCUAAAAUCUAAAUUUGAGAUCAGUGCCCGCAUAAAUUAAUAUUCAACAUGGCCGCGAAUUUAGAAGGUUCAGAGGUUUUCAAAUAAUGCUUCAUAUACUGCUUUCUUGUGUAUUUUUUGAGGCUUGAACAAUGUCCCGUGCUUGUUCAACAUGUGGUAGUAGUGAUAUAGAUUUUGAUCCAUCCCGUGGGGACACAGUUUGUACGAAUUGUGGCUCAGUUUUAGAAGAAGGUGCUAUAGUUUCUGAAGUUGGCUUUCAAGAAACUAGUGCUGGCGGGACCAGUGUUAUUGGACAGUUUGUUUCAAAUGAAGGUGAAUAAGUAAAUGUAGAUUUUAUUCUUCAGCAGAGGAAAUAUCGAAUGGGCUAUUUUAUCUGACCGUGCCUCUUGCUCCUGCUUCCCUCCAGACGUCUAUGGGCUGUGGGGACAGUCAAUGCAAUUCCCUCAAUCCCUCUCACCUGCAAGUUAGGAUGCUUUCAUUUAUCGAGCCAGAUAGGAAUUAUUUAUCAGGCCAGACAGGAAAGCCCAUCUUGCCCCCCCCCCCAUGUUUCCUGUGUUUCUGGUAACAAAAUCAAGCACAAGUCAUGAUUGAUGGUUCCACAUUUUAGUCUAGCCCCUGUGCAUUAUAUGAAUAUUAUUAAUAUUAUUUUAAAUAGAUAUUUAACUCAAGCUUCUCAUUUAAAUUAAUAAAAGUAAAUACUCUCCUACAAAUAUUGAAUGUAACAUAACCUCAUUUUUUGUAAAUACUUAGAACCGAUGACAAUUUAACUAUAUAUAUUAGCACCAAGACUUUAAACUAGGGGUCUAAAUCAAAAGCCUGUUCAAGGUUUCUAUAGACUCCUAGCCCAAAUGUUUCUACUUUAUUUUAUUUACUUUUUAUGUAACAUAAUGGUAUAUCACAUGGGCAAAUCAUUAAAUUAAAUAUAUGUAGGCAGUUGCAAUAUAUCAAUAUUUUUUUAUAAAUAUCGAUAUUUCAAAAGUAUUGAUAUUUGAUUUUUUGCAUAUCGAAAGUUGUAACUAAACAACUUAAUCUCCGAUUAUUUGCAGCAAUUAUUGUUUUUACCGGUGAAGUUUAGACAAUGUGAGUGUAACAGCAAUUGCGAAUUUAUGAUACAAGUGUGUGGGCAAUUGAAAUUAAAAGAGAAAAUAGAGAAACUGUGACCACCAGGGUCUUAGCUAGAAGGCCGUGUUGGCCGUGUUAUCACGGCCAAAAAUGGAAAAACACGGCUAGAUAAAAUGAACGCGGCUUCAUUAUUUAUAUAAGGCCGUGUACGUUCAUAAAAUAAGAUGGUGCUACUUACAACAGACAGAAUUUCUUUCUAUUUACCUCAUAAGAAAGUUUGUUUGUUGUUGAAAUUGGCAAAAGUGAUCUGUGAUGUAACCAUGUGUUUAAAGUGGUUUUAAGUUUUAAAUACCCCCAAGAGUUGCUGAAAUAACUUAAUGCUUUAAUGACAGUGCGCAAUAUGAGUAUAUGCUCGCCUUGUAUUUGGUUGCAAAGCAUAGAACCACCACAGGCAUUGUCCGUUGUUGUAGAACCGUGAAUUUGGAUAUGCAAGGUAAUUGACAUGUGCACACCCUGGUUAUUUAGAAACACACCCAAGAUCUAAAAUCCUAGCUAAGACCCUGGUGACCACAAAAGAUUACCAAGCAGUGGCAUUGAAUGCUUGAAAUUUUAAAGAUUACCAAGCAGUGGCAUUGAAAGCUUAACAUUAUAUAUCUUUAAACUUUAAAAUUUUAUAAACGGAUAAACUGUUGUUAAUAAAUCUUUGAGACGUACCAUGACUGUUUCAUGCACUUCUUUUUAACUGUCUGUGAUGCAUAUACAUGCAAGUUGACUAAAUAUUUACGUUUUUCAUUUGCAUAAUUCGAUAUAGUUGAUAUUAUUGAUAUUUUUUUAUAUCGAUUUUUUCAAUAUUGUAACAGCCUACUUAUAUGGUGGAUAUACACUAUCCAUUGGCUAAUCCCCUCCCCCUUUCCUUCAAUAUUGCUAAUCUGUGUUAAUGAUCCCCCCUGCCUUAUUGUCAGUAUAUGUGAAUUAAGACUAAGGGAGGUUGUAUUGAUUCUUUAGGGAAUAAAGUUGGUCAAGGUUUGGGAUUCAGACCUGGUUAUGGUAGAGAAUCAAGGACUGUUACUUUGGAAAAUGGUACCUACAUUACAAUUUCGAUUUAUAAUAUAAAUUAUUGUGUUAAUUAUGAUGUAACCUUUUAACUGGGAUUGUGCUCUAAUGUGCCCUGAUUUAAUUGUUUAUAUUUUACUCGCCAAGGAGUGAGUGCUGGCGCUCAUUGGGUUUAACAAGGUUAUCUGCCCAUGUGUCUAGUUAACCCAUUAAGUUGCACUGUGCCCCAAUGUGCCCUACACUAUCAUUUUACUCUGUGUAAUGCCAGACAAUUUUACUUGUCAAGGAGAAGUGCACAAUCCAUACACAGUGUCCAAAAUUAAGAUUUCCUUUCCAGGAAAUUUACAAAAAAACACAUUAUUUGAUUGUGUGAAUUAGUCAACUGUUGUGCAAUUGAAAAGUUGGAGAAAAGAGUUUGAUAAAUUAACUUUGUCCCUUGAAUGUUUGUAGGAAAAAGACGUCUUCAAGCACUAGCUAAUCAGUUGCAACUAAAUAACCACUGUAUUGAAAGUGCGUACAUGUUUUUUAAACUCGCUGUAAGCAAGAGGCUGACAAAGGGAAGAAGAACCAACCAUAUUGCUGCAGCUUGUCUUUAUCUUGUUUGUCGCACAGAGAAAACUCCUCGUAUCCUUUGGACACUAUCAUGUGCACAUGAUAUUUAAAGUACCAAUUUUUUCUUUUAUUUUUCCCUAAUGUUUUCGUACAUCUCUCCACAUUUUAGCUAUUAUGUUAUCUAAUUCCUAUCUAAUUCAUGUUUUGCUUACUAGGAAUAUACAAUUACUUUAUGGUUUCCGUGUUUGGAUGGCCUGAUCCAAACACACGGGAAUGUUGCGAGAGUUAAGAAAAGCGCGCGAAAACACAAGCCGAAUUUAUAAAAUAACAACAACACGAUAGUCUUCCGUGUUUGGAUGGCCUGAUCCAAACACUGGUUUCGACCAAUCAGAGCAUGCGUUAUAUACAUGUUAUUUUUUAAAACAAUUUACCAACUGGGAUUCAAUAUUUUGCUA